ACUGACAAAUUGUAUAGGCCGUGAUUUGGAAUUUGAACGGUCAGAUGCUUUGACCUCGGAAAGCAACUUUUGGUACCGCCAGAUUUAUGAACUGUCUAAUGGUGGAGGGUUUACCAUCAUGAGCUCACAGUCUUCUCUGAAUGAUAUAUCGAAUGCUAUCAGACAAGAGAUUAUACGAUUCGAAAGUGUUCAUCCAAAUAUCUAUGCUAUAUACGACCUUAUUGAUGCAGUUGAGGAUAAAAAUUUGGCAGAAUCAUUGCGUCAGUUAGUUGUGUCAAUUGAAGACGCAUUCGUCAAUAGUCAGGAGUGGACGCUAAGUAACGGCGUUCCAGGCAUAAAACUGGGGCUUCUUGGUUCUGUUCAAAGUGGGAAGUCCGCCUUGGUACAUCGCUAUCUCACAGGAGCGUAUGUUCAUGAUGAGUCCCCAGAAGGUGGAAGGUUUAAAAAAGAGCUAUCUUUGGACAAUCAAAGUCACUUGCUUCUAAUUCGUGAUGAAGGCGGUCCACCUGAUCUUCAGUUUAGUCAAUGGGUCGAUGGAGUUAUAUUUGUGUUUAGCCUAGAAAACAUCGAAAGUUACCAAGUGGUCUAUGACUACUAUGCUCGUCUUUCAACUUACAGGAGUACCGCUAGUUUACCCAUAAUUCUUGUUGGGACUCAAGAUUCGAAUUGUGAGCCAUAUGUGCGUGUGAUAGAUGAUGCACGUGCUCGAAAACUUGCCAAUGAUCUAAAGCGUUGUGCUUAUUAUGAGACGUGUGCUGCUUACGGCCUAAACGUUGAACGUGUUUUUCAGGAUGCAUGUCUGAAGAUACUUCAAUUGCGUGCCUCCGGUAACUCACCUGCCCCGAGACCUGUCACACCCCAAAUUUCAUCCAAUUCACAACAGCGAGCAUGUGCUAAUAGUCCUAUUGAAUGUGUACCAAUUGUUGGAAUAAGUCAAUCACAACAGUCUUUGUUUUCGAAUGUAGUGAAUGCUCGCGAGGGUCCUCUCCUAAUGAAAAACCCCGGGGUUAACUGUAAUGUAACUAAUUCAGUUACAAGUGGUAUCGAUAGGAAAGAACGACCAGUGUUCCCCAACAAUCCUUCGAAUCGUCGUCCUGAUACUCACAGCAAUCCCGGAUUCGAACUUGAUUUCAAUGAAGAUUCUGGUUUACACCAAACUCUUUUGCAUCCCACCAAACCUAAUCUGCUUAGCAUUGCAAAACACUCCUUUACAUUGGAUUUCCGACCGUCUGAGCGCGAUAAUUUCUUUGCAGAUGUCAAACCUAUUCGAGCUAAUAUUUGUACUACUGAUCCAGCCGAAGAUUGGGCUACUCAUCCAUUUCUAUUGGACGAAAGACAUCAGCAUCCUUUAUUCCGUUGUCCAGAGUACGUACCAACGGAGUAUUCUGAAAGCAUAUUUCAAUCACCUUCUCCUCAUGUCUAUUCAGAAUAUAGCGGCAAAAUUCCAUACCCACCUAGUACUUCGGAUAAUGGAGUUUCUACACCACAACCUCUCUCUGCACCUGCAGCUUCCGCUAUCGGAUACUCUCCAUUUAUUGUUUCCCCAAACUUUCCAUCAGGCACGCUUGCUGCUGCCAGUAGUGUAUCGUCUAUUGGAUUAGGGGUUGAAGCAGAAAGUAAGGCUGACAAUAAUGAAUCUCUUACUCCUAGCAGUACCCCAACACAUUCACGAAAGAAUAGACGAAAAUCCAAUUUAUUUCAAAAACGUAAUGAAGAUGAGCGUGAAAGAGAGAAGAAAUUGAAUGGAAUCGGAAGUGGACGUGCGAUUCCACUAAAGCAAGGAUUUUUAUACAAACGAACUUGUAAACCAUUAAGUAAAGAAUGGAAAACUAAAAAGUAUGUAACUCUAACAGAUGAUGCUCGUCUUACUUAUCAUCCAAGUAUUCAUGAUUAUAUGGACAAUUCACACGGUAAAGAAAUUGACUUAAGUAGAACAACCGUCAAAAUUCCUGGUGUAGCAUUUCGUCAAGUUGGAAGUCGUAUAACAAGUAAUGGACUGUUGCGAAGUCAAUUAAAUGAUGGCGGUACAGAUCGUCGAUCAACUGGCGUAGAUGUUAAGAAUCCUACUGAAAAUUCAGCCCCUAUUAAUGAUAAUUCGGCAUCAGGAGGUAAAGAUUCAUCAUCCGUGAAAAAACGUCAUCGACGUAUUAAAUCUAAUCCAAAGAGUAAUAAUGCUGAUGGUUCAGAUUCCGAAGGUUAUGAAUUUCAGUUGAUAUCAAUGGAUCGUCAGUGGCAUUUUGAAGCAACUGGCCCAGAUGAACGAGAUGAAUGGGUUAUGUAUAUUGAACGUGCUAUUAUGACAAGACUUCAAUUGAAUGAAUCAUCUAAACGUACUCGUGCUAUUGCUGCUACUGGGUGUACUACAGGAGGUGGCGGUGCUAGCGGUUCCAACCACCUUUCCAAUGUUAGUGGAUUAGGUUCAGGGAGUGGUCGACAUGGUGAUUCCAACAGUCUUAAUUCAAGUCGUUGUGGUGCAGGUGAUGCAAAUGAAUUGGCUGUUACAGAGCAUUUAAUUCAGAGCAUAAGAUCUGCAGCUGGAAAUGAUUUUUGUGCAGACUGUGGUGCACCAGAACCAGAUUGGGCAAGUCUUAAUUUAGGCGCUAUGGUUUGUAUUAGUUGCAGUGGUAUACAUCGGCAACUUGGAACACAUAUUUCGCGCAUACGUUCUUUACACUUAGAUGAAUGGUCUACUGAAUCGGUCACUGUAAUGAGUGCUAUUGGUAAUACAUUAGCUAAUUCUGUUUGGGAAGCUGCUGCACCUGUAAAUGCUGGGAAUCUACGGAAACCAAAUCCUUCAAGUUCACGAGAGGAAAAGGAAAUUUGGAUUCGAGCCAAAUAUCAACAUCGAGAAUUUCUGCCUCCAUUACCCUAUCCUGAUGCUCCACUUCAACGACAGUUAAUUGAUGCAAUAGCUCGUCAAGAUACACGUCAAGUUAUACUCUGUCUAGCUUUAGCUACACCUGAAACAGUCAAUGCAGCUUAUUCACUUCAAGAUCCACGAGCAGCUAUACACAUUGCUGCUACUCUCGGAAAUCUAGUUUAUUUACAAUUGCUUUUAUGGUACAAUGGUGAUCCAACUGUGACAGAUCAUGAAGGAAGAAAUGCAUUCUAUUACGCUCAUUGUUCUAAAAAUUAUGAUUGCGCUGAUUUCCUGUUGCGAAAUAGUUGUCCAAAACAACUGGUACCACCCAUUCCUCCUAAUAAUAUGCCUCCAACAAUUCGUUCUUCACAAAAUAUUAUGCCGCAACAAAUUGUUCAGUCACAUUCCAUAAUUCAUGGACCUUCAACAUCGACUGGGCUUUCAUCUGGUGUUGCAGACAUAAAUAUUAGUAAUAGUAUAAACUCAGGUCUUGUACAACCUCAUCAUUUUUCACAUCUCCAACAACAUCAGUCCUCUGCUGCUGUUGUCGCUUCUGAAGUAGGAACUCAUUUAAGCGGACAAUUACCUUCUUAUCAUCCCAUGACCACUGGUUCUGUAACAGCAAAUCAGCAACUAUCUCAAGUUGUAGGAUCAAAUCAUCCACUUGUAUCAGCUUCUGGUAAUAUAUAUACAGGAAAUGUGAAUCAAGCUUUAGGCGCUACCCUUCCUCGUCGACGUGCCCCAAUUGGUCCAUUUCCUCCCGGUGCAGUACCUCCGACUCUCCAACCAUUUCCACGACCAAAUAUACAACAGCAAAUAUCAGUUAGUAAUACUCAUCGACCUACCUCUUCAGUUAUCCAGUCAGUUACUCGCCCUAUAACUCCGAAUGCUAUGCUAAGAACAUCCUUGGUUAGUUCAUCACAACCGCCUCAUACACGUUCAGCUUCAAAUACUGCUGCUACACUGUCCCAACCAUAUGUUUCUACUACUCAAGAAGUUGGACUGUAAGCUUUAUAACACCAAGUUUAAUUCGUUAUUUCCCAUCUCCUCCAAUUGAUUUCUUUCUCUUCAUUUUACAUUGUAACAAAUUGCAUUUAUUUCAGUGAAUAAACGCUAUUUAAAUACAAUUAUACUGUAAACUUUUAAAGUUUGUCUUCACUCUUGCCCAUCCCUCCUGGAAAAAGAACAUUUCGUGCAAUAUUAAUAAUAAACCCAUAUUAUUCAUUUAUAACAUUGUCUUCCAGUGUACUAACAUACUUUUAACUGCUUAUCCCUCAGGACAUAUUCAUGUCUGAAACUGUUUUUGUAUGGACACUUUUACACAAUUACUAUUAUUACUACUCAUACAAAUUGGCUUCCUAUUGUGCUUUUUACUCUUUUUUUUUCAAAAAAAGAAAAACGAAAUGGUACCAUUAUUAUUUCUUAAUCUUUUUUUCACUCUUAUAUUUUGCUUAAAACUAAGUGUAUUUGUGCAAGAUAUGUAAUUCAAGUUGAAAUUAACUAUACAUCAAAUUAUAUUUACUUCAGUUUGAUUGCUCAUAUUAUGCUGUAUGUAAACAUAUACCUAUGUCACUGUUUGUGUAGAGUUGUUUCUCUUCGUCCAUUCUCUCUGUCUCUGUCUCUCUUUUUUUUUCUCCCACCCUUUAAAUAUAUGUACAUGGAAUACAAAACCUAGGUAAUUGAUUGUUUUCUGAAUAUAUUUACUAUAAUUAUUUUAGUCUUUUAUUUUGUCGUUUACAGACAAUUAAAAAAAAAGAUAUUUCACGCCCUGGUUAAUAUAAAUAUCCCAGUAAUAAUCAUUUUUUUAAUAAUAAUAAUAAUUACUACUGAAUAAUACUACUUAAUUGAUUCAAUGUACAUUGGUUUUUUUGUUUAUCAUUUUGUGUGAAUUGUUUGUUUUGUGUGUUUUUUUUUGAAAAAAAAAUGUUUAUUUGUACAGAUAUAAUCUCUCUUCUAUCAUAUUGUGUUCCAUUCAUUUGAUUAUGGAAUGUACCUACAUAUGUAUGUGUGUGUGUAUGUGUCUGUGUAAAUGUAGACGUUUUUAUGCCCUGUCUGGUUAUUUGGUUUAACCUUUCUAUUGUAAGUAACCUUUAUUUUAUUUUCUUCAUUAUCAUUAUCAUCAUCAUUCACUGUUCUUUUUUCUUCUGUUAAGUUGUGAAUAUGAGAUUACUUGUGUUUCUAUGAUAAUGUUGGUUUUAAAGUGUUGUUAACAGGUUAUUCACUACUGAAAUAUAUCUAUUUACUCUACUGAUUUAACAUAAGACUUUUUUGUCUUGGUUCUUGUUUUUUUUUUGCGUUUUAAUGUUCUAUGUACGUUAAAUAAUUGUACUUGUCUGUUGGUUUGUUAGUUUGUUUUUUCGUUAAAUAGUGGAUGUACUCUUCUGAGUAUUUAUAAUUUUUAGGAUGAAUAAAAAUUAGGGUACAUG